CAUUCGUUUCUAGGAUCCUAGCAACAUGACUAGAGUAGGAAGUGUUUAAUAACCAUUUCCGGGCAACGCUCCUGGUCAAAUAGAAUCGAAGAUGGCUGCUCACAUGUCAAGAUUAAGGGGCUGGAGCCGAGCGCAGAGGUAUGGCAUCGCAGUGUGUCGACAGUACAGCAGCGGCAGCGCGUAUCCCAGCGUGUCCCUGUCCACACCGUUACCCGGGAUCCCCACACCUGUCUUCGCCUCCGUGGACGGCCACGAGAAAUACGAGACUAAAAUCACCACCUUAGAAAACGGACUCAAAGUUGCAUCUCAGAAUAAAUUUGGUCAAUUCUGUACAGUUGGAAUUUUAGUAAACUCAGGCUCGCGCCAUGAAGCAAAAUAUCCCAGUGGAAUUGCACACUUUUUGGAAAAGCUUUCCUUUUCUUCUACAGCUCAGUUUGGAAGUAAAGAUGAAAUUCUCCUAACACUUGAGAAACACGGAGGCAUAUGUGACUGCCAAACAUCCAGGGACACAACAAUGUAUGCGGUUUCAGCGGAAGUUAAGGGUCUGGAUACUGUAGUGAACCUCCUGUCAGAUGCGGUUCUGCAGCCCUGUUUAUUAGAUGAGGAGAUUGAGAUGACCAGAAUGGCUGUUCGGUUCGAGUUGGAGGAUCUGAACAUGAGACCUGACCCGGAGCCUUUACUAACAGAAAUGAUUCAUGCUGCUGCAUACAGGGGCAACACCGUGGGCCUGCCUCGUUUCUGUCCUCCCAAAAAUGUUGAUAAAAUUGACAGGAAGCUGCUUCAUAAGUACCUACAGACCUAUUACUGUCCGGAGCGCAUGGUGCUGGCCGGGGUUGGGAUUGAACAUGAGCAGCUUGUGCAGUGUGCCAGAAAGUAUCUCCUAAAUGUUAAACCAGUAUGGGGUGCGAGCACACCUGCCAACGUUGACCAGUCUGUAGCACAAUACACGGGUGGCAUUGUUAAGAUGGUGAAGGACAUGUCAGAUGUGAGUUUGGGUCCAACACCCAUUCCUGAACUAACACACAUCAUGAUUGGGCUGGAGAGCUGCUCCUUUUUGGAGGAUGACUUUAUCCCUUUUGCGGUCCUCAAUAUGAUGAUGGGAGGCGGAGGGUCCUUUUCUGCCGGAGGGCCCGGAAAAGGCAUGUUCACCCGUCUCUACCUUAAUGUGCUCAACAGGCAUCACUGGAUGUACAAUGCUACUUCGUACCACCACAGCUAUGAAGAUAGUGGUCUGCUCUGUGUCCACGCAAGUGCAGACCCUAGACAGGUGCGAGAAAUGGUGGAGAUCAUUACGAGGGAGUUUAUUCAGAUGACUGGGACAGCAGGAGAAAUGGAGCUAGAGAGAGCCAAGACGCAAUUGAAAUCCAUGCUCAUGAUGAACUUGGAGUCACGACCGGUCAUCUUUGAAGACGUAGGUCGACAAGUACUUGCGACAGGCAAGAGGAAGCUGCCACAUGAGCUGUGCGAGCUCAUCAGUAAUGUUACAGCCAGUGACAUCAAGAGGGUUACAACAAAAAUGCUGCGUAGUAAGCCUGCGGUGGCAGCACUGGGAGAACUGACAGAGCUGCCCUCAUACGAGGACAUUCAAGCCGCUCUCUCCAGUAAAGAUGGACGUCUGCCUCGCAUAUAUCGCCUGUUCCGAUAGAGGACUGACCGCUGGUACCAUCUAGAGGCAAAUACGAGGACUGACCCAACAAAUGUUAUUCUGGACUGGAAUUUAAGUGCAAUGCUUAGACUGUGGUUCCAUUUCAUCUAUAAAGUACUUAAAACAAUAGUUGACCCAAAAAUUCUGUCAUUAAAUAAUCACCCUCAUAUCAUUUAAAAACUGUAGGACUUCCUACUGUGGAACAUAAAAGAAGAUAUUUUUUUUUCUAUAAAUUUGAAGUCAGUGGGCUCUUAUGGGUUUGGUUCUUCAAAAUAUCUUUUCUGUUAUGCAGAAGAAAGAAAGGUUUGUAAUGGCAUGAGGGUGUGUAAGUGACAAUUUUGAAAUUGGCCAAGUUUAAAUUCACACACCAAUGCAUUAUGUUGCAUGAUUUUGUUGAAUUCACCAUGUUUAAAGUAAAUAAAUGUGUUAAUUUCACAUUUCUAUCUUAACUGGCUCGACAAGUGGACUUUUCCAUGACAUUUGUCCACAUUGUUGUUCAUAGGCUGUGGUUUUCUGUGUAAAACUGGGCAAACCCAAAUGAUAUUUCACACAUCACAAACCAUUUUUCAGAAAGUUCUACAUAACCUUUUGCUUUAGUCAGUAUAUUGAAAUAUCUGAACAGAAUGACACAAACUGUGCGGUCUACCACUUACCCUAGCUGUGAAAACACAAUGUACAUAAUGAUAAUUCCUUUUUCUCUUGCUAAAUCACUGUUAACAUGAAACUCUGAUCACUAAUUAAGAGUUUGUUUGCCCGAUUAAUAUAUGUCUGUUUAGCGGUUUGUGUUAGAUUACCCUACAAGAAUAUAUUUAUUCCCUUGUACUUCAUCAGUACAAGUUUACUGUUUUAUAUAUAUAUAUAUUUUUUUUUUUUCCCAUUGCUGCCUAUUGAUGGCAAUGUUUGAAUCUGUCAUGUUCCCUUAAAAAAAUAAAAGCUUGAUCCUUUGUA